AUGAAGCAGCUCUCACUGACUCAGGAUCCCAUUCAUUUCCUCAAGAACGUGGUGUCCAUCAGUGGAAGGCCUUACAGCACUGGUAUAACCAGCGUGACCUGUAGCAAGACCUUCUCCUUUGAGCACCUGAAGAAAUCUGUGUCUGCACUGAAGACGCAGCUGGAGGAGAAACUAGAGUCAGUCUUCAAGCAGGAGAUAGUCAAGAUAUCUGAAACAGCUGUGAAAAAUAUCCAGAUCAUCGAGAGCAUACAUUAUACGGAUCCUGAACUCCCUGUCAGAAGAACACACAGCAAGGAAGGCCUGCCACCACACAUGUCUGAUGGCCAGGCUCUCAUUGCUGAACCAGUGACCAGAGAGGACUUCUUACAGUAUUCCUGUCACUUCACUCUGGAUCCAAACACAGCACACAGAAACCUCCCCCUGUCUGAGGGGAACAGGAGGGUGGAGUGUAGAUCUGGGGCCCAGUCAUAUCCUGAUCAUCCAGACAGAUUUGAUGUGAAUGCUCAGGUGCUGUGUAGAGAGGGUGUGUCUGCACGCUGCUACUGGGAGGUUGAGUGGAGUGCGGUUGUUGGCAUAGCAGUGUCAUAUAAAAGCAUCAGCAGGAAAGGGAGGGCUGAUAACAGUGUGUUUGGAUGGAAUGAUCAGUCCUGGAGCCUGGUUCUCUCCAGCUCCAGCUCCAGCUCCUCUUUCCAUCACAAUAAUAAAGUGACUAAACUCCCUCUAGUGGCCAGCUCCAGAAUAGGAGUGUAUGUGGAUCACAGGGCAGGAACUCUGGCCUUCUACAGCAUCAGGGGAGACACAAUGACCCUCCUGCACAGAGUCAAUACCACAUUCACACACACACUCUACCCUGGGUUUUGGAUAAAUCGUUAUGGAUCAUCAAUAAAGCUGUUGUGAGGCUCCACCCCCUACAGAGAAAGGCUGCUCCUAUGGGCACAAGACAUAAGCAACACACACACACACACACACACACACACACACACACACACACACACACACACACACACACACACACGCACACUUUGUAUUACGGUACAAUAGUAAAUGGUCCUGUAUUUGGGAUUUUGUGUGCAGAGUGUGUAACGUAAUUCUUUCUCGUCUUUGUACAAAUAUCUGUUCCUAUGCUCGUGAAAACAGGCA